AUGUGCCGGCACGUCGGAACCCUGACUAUCCCAGACACGGCGUACGGCGAAGCGCAAGGACAGGGAGGGGAAAAGGAGGAUUCUCUGAUUCUGAAGACGUUCGAUAUCCUACUUGAAGUGUAUCAAACCCAAGAACUACAAGACGAGCUUGGAGGCUUGUGCGCUCUUGUCCCACUAGCGUCCAUUUGCUCGCCAACUUUCGGCUGCGCGAUCACCCCGGAUUUAUUCGCCCACCCUAGACUACGUCUUGCCCAUUCGUUCAACCACCAGCUCACGACUCCUCCCCCGCUCUUGUUCUCGUGCUACAUGAGUGGGAUACCCCGAACAUCGGCUUCCGCCACCAGUCUCCUCCUACCUCAUGACCUGGAAUCUGCUGGUUCAGCUUCUCGUCGCGGUAGUGGACAGCAAUCGUUAGCGGAGAAGUAUUCUUUGUCACCGUCACCGAAGACAUGGGGCAUGCCUUUGGACUUGCAGACCUCGGAACCCGAUGAUUAUUUACAUAACCCAGAUCCACGUCGAGACAGGCUCUCGGAUAGAGGCGGAAGCAUCUUUACAUCUCGAGGUCUGGCGAAUCUAGGUUGUUUAUUCAUCCUUGCUGCGGGUUUAAUCAUGCUCUUCGCCGGCUAUCCUAUCCUCAGCCAUUUUAUGACCCCAAUACUGACCACCCAAGGUGGCUUCAACCUCGGGGGAAUCAACGCUACGGGUCAAAUUCCAUCUUUCGGCAAUAACUUUGGUCUCAUCGACCGUGAUACGCCAAAGGAAGCCUACACGAAGAAGUCAUAUCUAUCGAACGAGGAGCUCGUUCUGGUCUUCUCCGACGAAUUCAACGAGGAUGGCCGUUCGUUCUAUCCUGGCGACGACCCGUUCUGGGAAGCAGUUGAUUUGCAUUAUUGGGGAACCAAUGAUUUGGAGUGGUAUGAUCCCAACCAACCGACAACGAAGGAUGGCGCAUUGCGUCUCACUAUCGAAGUCGUGGACCCUAUCACCAACCACGACAUGGAUUAUAGGUCCGGCAUGAUCCAAAGUUGGAAUAAAUUUUGCUUCACUGGGGGUCUCAUUGAAGCCGCCGUGACCCUUCCUGGCAACACAAGAUCUAGUGGUUUCUGGCCUGCCGUCUGGGCUAUGGGCAAUCUCGGACGAGCUGGAUUUGGAGGCAGUCUCGAUGGCAUGUGGCCUUACACUUACGAAGCUUGCGAUGUCGGUACCCUGCCAAACCAGACAUACCCUGGAAGGAGAGAACCACUUGCCGCCACUCAGAAUGGCGACCCUUCGAAAGAGGGUGUGCUCUCGUACCUCCCUGGGCAACGUCUAUCUGGGUGCACAUGUCCUGGAGAAUCUCAUCCCGGACCGAUGAGGACCGACGGAAGCUACGUUGGUCGAGCAGCGCCCGAAAUCGACGUCUUCGAAGCACUCGUCGAUGGUGAUGGUGGCAAGGUAUCAUUAUCGUCUCAAUGGGCUCCUUACAACGCUGAAUACAACUGGUUGAACACAACGGAGAACAUUGCCAUUUACGAUACAGCUGGCACGGUCCUCAAUACGUACAAGGGCGGUGUUUAUCAGCAAACGACGAGUGGGCUUGCUCUUACGAAUCAAGAUUGCUACGAGCUUGGUACGAAGUGCUUCUCGGUCUACGGGUUCGAGUAUAAGCCUGGCUUUGACGAUUCGUACAUCGCAUGGAUCAACGACGGUAAGCUGUCCUGGAGGCUGGGUGGAGCUGGCAUGGGACCCGAUCCAUUGACUGAGAUCGAUGCACGCCCCGUUCCUCAAGAACCCAUGUACAUAAUCGCGAAUCUGGGAUUCUCGCCUAACUUCGGACACCUCGACUUGGACAACUUGAUCUUCCCUGCGACGAUGAGCAUAGACUACAUUCGUGUCUAUCAGACCAAGGAUGCGAUCAACAUCGGCUGUGACCCACCACGAUUCCCGACUGCGCGAUAUAUUGAAACGUACAAGGAGCUUUAUACUAAUCCUAAUAUCUCGACGUGGGAGCAGUCAGGACAGCCAUGGCCGAAGAACCGCCUCGCAAAUGGUGGUACAUGCUGA